CAUGAGCCCUCGGGAGUGGCCGGGGACAACAAACGGCAUCUGGUUCGGGGGGCGGAUGCGGUGGCAUUGGGGCUGGGGGAACCAUGGCACUGAGCGCCUGGCGGAGGGUUCCCGUGCGCGGCAGCGGCAGCUUCGGCUCCCGCAGCCGGGCACGCGGGCGGCUUCUCUGGCUCCUGUUGGCGGUUGUCGCCUGUGGCUGGGCGGGUGCCCAGGACGGUGGCGGAGCCGGAGCCGUAGGGGCCAUGGAGGAGGAGAUCGUGUCCGAGAAGCAGGCGGAGGCGAGCCACCGGCAGGACAGCGCCAACCUGCUCAUCUUCAUCUUGCUCCUCACCCUCACCAUCCUCACCAUCUGGCUCUUCAAGCACCGACGGGCCCGUUUCCUGCACGAGACCGGCCUGGCCAUGAUCUACGGGCUUUUGGUGGGCUUGGUGCUCCGAUACGGCGUUCAUGUUCCCAGUGAUGUUAAUAAUGUGACAUUAAGCUGUCAAAUGCAGACAAGUCCGGCUACCUUGUUAGUGAAUGUUAGUGGAAAAUUUUAUGAAUAUACACUGAAAGGAGAGAUCAGUUCACAUGAACUCAAUAACGUUCAAGAUAAUGAAAUGCUUAGGAAGGUAACUUUUGAUCCCGAAGUAUUUUUCAACAUAUUACUUCCUCCAAUUAUAUUUUAUGCAGGAUACAGUCUGAAACGGAGACAUUUCUUCCGAAACCUUGGGUCGAUCCUGGCAUAUGCUUUUCUUGGGACAGCCAUUUCUUGUUUUGUGAUAGGGUCAAUUAUGUAUGGCUGUGUAACCCUGAUGAAAGUAACAGGACAGCUUGCCGGUGACUUCUACUUCACUGACUGCUUGUUGUUUGGUGCCAUCGUGUCAGCAACGGAUCCAGUGACCGUUCUCGCCAUAUUCCACGAACUUCAAGUUGAUGUUGAACUGUACGCGCUUCUCUUUGGGGAGAGUGUCCUUAACGAUGCCGUUGCUAUAGUGCUGUCUUCUUCCAUUGUGGCAUACCAGCCAGCUGGAGACAAUAGCCACACGUUUGACGUGACAGCCAUGUUUAAGUCUAUCGGAAUCUUCCUGGGGAUAUUCAGUGGUUCCUUCGCCAUGGGAGCUGCCACGGGAGUGGUUACAGCCUUGGUGACCAAGUUCACCAAACUGCGAGAGUUCCACUUGCUUGAAACGGGCCUGUUCUUCUUGAUGUCCUGGAGUACUUUCCUUCUGGCUGAAGCCUGGGGUUUCACUGGUGUAGUGGCGGUCCUGUUCUGUGGCAUCACACAAGCGCACUAUACAUACAAUAACCUGUCUCCGGAUUCUCAGCAUAGAACUAAGCAGUUGUUUGAGCUGCUCAAUUUCUUGGCCGAAAAUUUCAUCUUCUCGUACAUGGGACUUACACUCUUCACUUUCCAGAACCACGUCUUUAACCCGACUUUCGUGGUGGGCGCUUUUCUUGCCAUUUUCUUGGGAAGAGCUGCCAAUAUUUAUCCCUUGUCCUUUUUACUCAAUUUGGGCAGGAGAAAUAAGAUUGGAUCCAAUUUUCAACAUAUGAUGAUGUUUGCUGGCCUUCGUGGUGCGAUGGCCUUUGCCUUGGCUAUUCGGGACACUGCCACCUAUGCAAGGCAGAUGAUGUUCAGCACCACACUCCUGAUUGUGUUUUUUACUGUGUGGGUGUUUGGUGGGGGCACCACGGCCAUGUUGUCGUGUCUGAACAUUCGGGUUGGAGUUGAUUCAGACCAAGAUCACCUGGGCUUCCCAGAGAGUGAAAGAAGGAACACAAAAGCUGAAAGCGCUUGGCUCUUCAGGAUGUGGUACAACUUUGACCAUAACUAUCUGAAGCCUCUCCUGACCCACAGCGGGCCUCCUCUUACUUCGACACUCCCCAGUUUCUGUGGACCCCUUGCAAGAUGUCUGACGAGCCCUCAAGCUUAUGAAAAUCAGGAACAACUGAAAGAUGAUGAUUCUGAUCUUAUCUUGAACGAUGGUGACAUUAGCUUGACGUAUGGCGAUUCUACUGUUAGCACUGACUCAAUGUCAGCCAGUGCUCCCAGGAGGCUUAUGGGAAACACCUCUGAAGAUGUCCUGGAUCGAGAACUUGCAUUUGGGGACCAUGAACUUGUAAUUCGGGGAACCCGCCUGGUUCUUCCAAUGGAUGAUUCUGAGCCCCCAUUAAAUAUGUUAGAUAAUUCAAGGCAUGGGCCAGCUUAACAUGUCUGUUGCUUACUAACCUGACUAUAAAAUCCGCAUACGCAAUUGUGAAGAAAUGUUGUACUACCUACCAAGUCCAAUGCAUGUAUCUGACCGUUUAAGCUGUAUAAAUCCUAUUUAUAUGGCAUAGCAAGAAUAUAUAUAUUCUGUACAGGACAGAUUGUGAACUAGCAGUUCUUUGACUUUAAAACAAAAAUCCCCUAUUGCCUGCACUUUGUGGAGUGGCAUUGUUUUCAGCCCCCUGCAUAGUGAUAACGUGGUUCCUGCUACCUUUCUCAACUCAGUACAAAAAGAGGCCGAGUUAGUCAUUCUUCUAGUUACUUGACACAACCAAAAUACCAAAUUUUGGGAGUAUAGGUUUAGUUUGAGAUGGGGAAGAGGGGGCGGGGUAUCUUCCUUUCCCAGAAGAGUUUGGGGCAGAGUCUAUUUCAGAUAAUAGGAUUUCAGUGACACUCCAUGGGUUCUGCUUUUCUGUGCCAUUCCAAGUAGUCUAUUCUGGUCCAGAGCAUGAUUGCAGAACUGUGCUGGCUGGCUUCAGUUCUGAUGGGGGUGGGGUAGGAGGGGUAGGGAAAGAGAUGGGGUGGGGAGGUCACAUGUUUCCUUGGGCCAGAAAGAGUCAGACUGAUGAGCACAGUGCAGUGCCCUUUGUAAAGGGUGAGGAGAAGUGACUUGGAAAUAAUUUUUUAAAAUUCCAAGACCUUGGCCGGUAUUGAACCCAGCUCAUCAUGCAUACUGAAAGCUCUGUAUAGCACAGCACAUUUUUGGGAGUGACUAUGGGUGGGAGGGUGGUCGUAAUAGAAUGGGGAUUUCAGAGGCCUCUCCUGAAACAUAUAAAUAUUCUGCCUCAAAUAUAAUUACCUUUAGAUGCUAAUUUGCUGCUUAAGUUUUGGUCAUGUAUGUGAUGCAUAAAACAAGCUUCGUGGUUGGGCCCUUUCUCUUUCAGGCAUUAUUUAAGCCGCUUUUCUCGCUGUAAGCAGUAGAUGUAGCACCCUCAACUUGACCACAUCCAAGUGUCAUUUGUGUAAUACUGUAGUUGAUCAUGACAAUUAAUUUAUAGCUCUAUUAUCGCACUUGUGCCCGCUCCCAGCAUCCAAUGAAAAUGGGACCCAGCUGCUGUUGGGUAAACUGGAACUUGGCUUCAUCUCCAAGUCAUGUUUCCAAAGCUGAUUGCAAACUGAAAGGGGGAAGAAUGUUGCCUUUUCAGUAGUUAAAAAUCAUUGCACUUUGAGAACUCUUUAGCAUGCUUUGUGUCUAGUUGUCUUUGUUUCUCUAUUCCUUUUUAAUAUAAAAUACUUAAGCUGCCAUAUGUAUUUGAAAGUUUUUGUUUUUUUCCUAGGAAGAGCACAGAACAAAAUUUACAAUUUCGAAUUCAGUUUAUUAUGAUGGAAAUUAUUUGAGAUGCAGUGAAUACUGAGAACUCUUUUUUCUUCCUUUUUCAAAUGCAAACACUGACUACAAAAACAAUUCAACCUUUUUUUUUCUCUCUCCUGUUUUCUUUUGUUUUCUUGGAUUUGAGUAAAGUUGCCUUAAAUUGUUUUCCCCCUGGCUAGAACUGAUCUCUUUGGAGUUCUAGUGAGUUUGUUCCAAGCAAGCUCAAUUCUUGCCCCCCUGCUGUUUUGUGUAGGACAGGUUUGCACCUGAUUAUGGCAGUUGUAGAUUUUGAUGUAGCUAUAGGUACCCUAGUGCUAGUGACCUUCCUGCCAUGCAGGAAUUCUGUGACGUGUUCAUUUCUCUGAUGUGUGCUUCUUCAUGUAAUCAAAGAUUUUGUCAUUGUGUGUUUUGAGGUGCUGUAUCGCUUCCCCAUACUAUUAUAUAUUCAAUAAAGAUCUACCACUUUUUUAUGCUGUCA